AUGCGGCUGCUGCACAUCAAGAGCGACGGGCAUCUCGAAUUCACCAAGGACAUCAUCCGUGUCGAAGAGAUACCUCCCUACGCGAUACUUUCGCACACCUGGAAAGAGCCAGAGGUUGUCUUUAAUGAUCUCAAGAGCUGUGGCAUCAUGGGGGUUGUUGAUCCCGAGAAAAGAGAUGGAUGGAACAAGAUCCAGUUCUGCGCACAACAAGCAAAGCGUGACAAUCUAGAUCACUUCUGGGUCGACACUUGCUGCAUCGACAAGGCAAACAACACGGAGCUUUCGGAAGCGAUCAAUUCCAUGUUUCGCUGGUAUCAGAAUGCGGACAGGUGCUACGUUUUCCUUACGGAUGUUGGGGACAAGUCUUCCGCGGGUGGUAGCAGGCCAUCCUCACAAUGGAAGACCGCGUUUCGGGCGAGCAGAUGGUUCACUCGAGGCUGGACUCUGCAGGAGCUCUUAGCUCCGCGCUCCGUCGAAUUCUUCUCGGCAGACGGAGCACGGUUGGGGGACAAAGAUUCGCUAAAGCAGACCAUACAUGAGGUUACCGGGAUUCCGAUCGAAGCUUUUUCAAGCAGCGACAUGUCGAAGUUCGACGUCAGCGAACGUUUCACUUGGGCAGAAAAUCGUCAGACGACGCGUGAAGAGGAUGGUGCCUAUUGUCUGUUAGGCAUAGUUGGCUGCUACCUACCACUAAUCUAUGGUGAAGGGAAAGAGAACGCCUUGAACCGAUUAAGGAAAGAGAUGCAGGGAGGAGAAAGACUUGCCCAGAUACGCAGCUGGCUUUCCGCACCCGAUCCAUCUAGCAACUAUCAAAAGGCGCACAACCAGCGACAGCCUGGGACUGGGCAAUGGCUACUACAAGAGCACGAAAAUUUCAAGAAUUGGAAAGAAGACGCAGCGUCGCGGCUAUGGCUCUAUGGGAUACCAGGAUGUGGAAAGACCAUCUUGAGCUCUACUGUUGUCGAGCAUCUGCAGCACCACUGCGGUGACGACAAACGUAAAGUGACAGUGUACUUCUACUUCGACUUCAAUGAUGCACAGAAGCAGAUACCAGAGCUAAUGCUUCGCUCAUUACUACGCCAGCUCUUGCAGCAUACCAUAACGAUACCCGAGUGCGUCGACGCAUUAUUCGCGUCCUGUGGAGACGGGCAGCAACAACCACCGCUGCAUAAACUUCUCACUGUGGCACCGCAGGUGAUGGGACAAUUCACGCAUGUCUACAUAGUUCUUGAUGCGCUAGACGAAUGUACACAACGCCCAGGUCUGAUGGACUUGCUUAUCGCAAUAGACGGGUUGCGGCUUGACGGCGUGCAUCUGCUCAUGACAAGCCGGAAAGAGCGGGAUAUCGAAACGUCAUUGGAAACAUUUGUGGUGGAAGACAACAUGAUUAGUCUUCAAAGAGACGUAGUGGAUGAAGACAUAUUACGAUUCGUUCAACAAAAGCUAGAUGACGAUAGGCGGCUGGAAAAGUGGAACAAGAACCCUGAAGUCAGGCAAGAGAUCGAGACAGCACUCAUGCGCGGGGCUCAAGGAAUGUUCCGAUGGGUUACAUGUCAGCUUGACAUGAUAGCAGAGUGUCGCAAUCUAGCGAUGUUACGGAAAUCGCUCGCGACCUUGCCGAAAACGCUAGACCAGACAUACGACCGCAUUCUCACAGCUAUCAGUGAAGAGGACCGCAUCUACACGAUUCGGAUCUUACAAUGGCUCACAUUUUCCGCCAGGCCACUUACUCUUAAAGAAGUUGCCGAAAUUGCUGCCAUCGAUAUUGGGCGCGAGCCAGCGUUCAAUCGCGAUGAAGUGUUAGUGGAACCUCUGGAAGCGUUGAAAAUCUGCUCCAGUCUCGUCACUGUCAAAAUGGAAAAGUCGGACUCUUAUUCGGAUUGGUAUCUUUAUAUGGAUCCGGAUUACUAUUCGGAGCCUGAAGUGCUAUCCGGGAUAGUCACCCUUGCGCACUACUCGGUUCAGGAGUACCUUGUCUCAGAAAGAAUCAAGCUAGGGCCAGCAAAGCAGUACAGCAUGACAGAGUCGGGAUGUCACAAAGCAAUGACGAUAGGCUGCUUGGGGUAUCUAAACCAGUUCCAGGAACCAUUGACUCCUGAAGUCUACUACGCUUCAGCGCUCGCAGAUUACUCCGCAAAAUUCUGGAACAAUCAUCUCCAGAAGACGGGAGAUGAGGAAGAAGAAAUGAGUCGGCUGGCGAUGGAUCUCUUGUUCACGAACGAUCCUGUAUUAGCCAACUCGAUCCGAAUUUUCGUACCGGAUCUGAAAGAAACUUACGAUGAACAAACAGGCGAGGAUGAAAUAGGAUCACCGCUUUACUACGCAUCAACGAUGGGCCUGAAAACGGUUACGAAACUGCUCCUGGACCAAAACGUCGAUGUCGACGCGGAAGGUGGAUUUCACGGUAGCGCGCUAUGGGCAGCCUUUAAGGAAGGCCACUUGGCAGUGGCUGAACUACUAGUCAAUGCGAAAGCCGACGUCAAUGCUAAGAGUAUAUACGGGGAAUCUGCACUACAUGAAGCUUUAGAGCUAUACGACAACGACAAGGCGAUAGUCAAGGUUCUGAUCGAUGCAGGCGCCGACGUCAACAAGCGAGAUGCAAAUGGCUAUGCGAUACAGCGCGCUGCACUCAUGGGCGACGAGGGACUGGUCGAGAUGCUCAUUGAUGCCAAUGCAGACAUCAACGCUCACGAUGAAGGUGACGACCAUGCACUAAUAAUAGCAAUACGCCUCGGCAACUACGCAAUAGCUCAACUGCUGAUUAAAGCGGGGGCCAACGCCAACAUGCGAGACAAGGACCACAGUGCACUACAGAUAGCUUCAUUCCGAGGUGAAGAGUCAGUGGUCAGGCUUUUAAUAGAAGCGGGCGCACACGUGAAUGCUCUUGGUAACGAAGGCUUCGGCAAUGCACUUCUAGCUGCUGCGAAAAGUGGUCAUACGGCAGUUGCUGAGUUGUUACUCGACAAGGGCGCCGAAAUUGAUGUCCAGGAUGCCAAGUGGGGUAGUGCGCUACAUGCCGCAGUCAGAUCAUCACAAGAAACGACAGCGGAAGUGUUACUUAGAAGGGGUGCUAGCCUUGCGUCGGACAUGCAGUCGAAAGGUGUUAUGAACCACGCCGUCGACAGUCCGAAUUGUACAUCUUCACUUGUCAGGAUGUUGCAACAGUACAACGUUCCAUUGGACACGAUCGACGUUGCAAACAUGACUCCAUUGCACUAUUGUGUGAAGUGGGAGCACGAAGCCGUCGCGCAGCAACUCAUUGAUUCGGGGGUACAUAUUGACACCGGAGUUCUUCGGCAGGGAUGGUCAAGCAGAGUCGGCAUAUCAAGAGACAGCCAAGUGAACACUAUUUCCGCUGUUUCGAAAUUCACCGCAAUCGUUCCAAGUCCCCUCCAUGACGCUGUCAGCUCAGGAAUGAUCGGGAUGAUCAAGUUUCUUAUGCAACAUGGCGCCGAUCCAUACUUGAUCAAUCCAAGCCAAGAGAGCCCACUCGAGCAUGCCAUUAAAAUGAGAGAUGACAAAGCAGUCGAAGUACUGCUCAGUAUGGGUGCGAACAUGUCGCCACCCAACGAAAUUCUCGUCAAUGCACUUCACCACGCCGCUCAAAUUAAGAAUCAGAAUAUCAUGGUUGCCAUUCUUGAGAGCGAGCAGGCUAAGGCAAUCACACUGGUAACGUUGAAGGACGAGAACGGAUACAAUGUGCUUCAUCAUCUAUUAUCUAUGAAAUCGACAACGCAGGCUACAGAUGUCAAGACGGUGCAUUGGCUACUAAGAAUGGGUGCGAAUGCAUCUGAGCUUGAUCAUUUUGGAAUUUCGCCUCUAGUGCAAUACAUCCAAACCUCCAUAUGGACACUCGACAUCGAGAUUUGCACAUCACUUCUUCGUAUGAAAGGGACUAGCUCCUUUAUCGGCUCGGAGGGACGGAAUCUAGGGCACAUGUGCGCUGAAAGACUCGAUUUUGGAGUUCCCAUACUGAAAGUUCUCAACGAGUACGGUGUUGACCUGGCGAGAAAGGACUGGGAUGAGAGAACCCUGCUACAUUGUGCGGCUAUGAAUGGCUCUCUAACCCAGGAAUCUUUAGAAUUUCUCGUUGAGGUCGUCGGUAUCAACGCAAGUGCAGAAGACAAAUAUGGUUGCACCGCUUUACAAUACGCUGUCAAAGCAGCUUCAAAGACCCCCGGAUCUAUCCGGCCGAUCCAGUGGCAUUUGGAGAGGACCAGGGACAUCUUGACGAAACAUCACGUCGAUCACAUUGAUCAUGCCAGCGUAAGCAUACCGAAAGUUACAGGGGCGGUCAAAGAUGGACGAACUGGAAGUACAAGUGAUGACGAGGUGGAUGACAGCACUGAACGAUGA